AUGGCCAAGUUUAAGUUGAAGAAACCAUCAAAGAGACAGCCAGCUCGUCUCCGGUACAAAAUAGAGAAGAAAGUAAAAGAACAUAACAGAAAGUUAAAGAAAGAAACUAAGAAGAAUCCAAAAUCUAGGAAGGCCAAGCCUAUACAGAUACCAAAUGAAUGUCCAUUCAAAGAUGACAUUUUGAAGGAAGUAGAAGCUGUUAAAAAGCAUAAAGAAGAAGAGAGACAGAAAAAGAGGGAGUUAGCUAAACUUGAGAAGCAGAAGAAAAUGGAAGAGAAGAAAGGUGGUAGUAACGUCAGUAUGGGAACUUUGGUUGAAAAUGCACAAGCAAGAGGUAAAGUUCAUGAUGCAUUCAAAGGAGAUGAGACCACAGAUGAUAUAGAGUUUGGCAAGGAUAGGAAACAAGAGAACUCCUUGAAGACUUACUACAGAGAGUUCAAAAAGGUUAUCUCAGAGGCUGAAGUCAUCCUCGAGGUUGUUGAUGCUAGAGAUCCAUUAGGUACCCGUUGCUCUCAAGUAGAGGAGGCAGUCCGUGAUGCAGGCAAGCGUCUGGUCCUAGUGCUAAACAAAGCUGAUCUGGUACCUCGUACCAACCUUGAAGCUUGGCUCAAGUACCUCCGUAGGACAGCCCCCACUGUACCAUUCAAGGCUUCAACACAAGACCAACAGCACAACUUAGGAACGAGAAAAAUGAAACACGUUGUUAAAGAGAAACAGAUGAAAGGUUCAGCGUGCGUAGGCGCAGAGUUAAUAAUGAGCCUCCUAGGCAACUACUGCCGCAACAAAGGUAUCAAGACGUCCAUCACAGUGGGUGUGGUGGGUCUACCCAACGUCGGCAAGAGCUCCAUCAUCAACAGCUUGAACAGGUCCAAAGCCUGCAAUGUAGGCAGUACUCCUGGAGUUACCAAACAGAUGCAAACAGUUCAGUUAGACUCAAAGAUCAAGAUCCUGGACAGUCCUGGAAUAGUGUUCCACUCCGGUCCAGAGAGUGACUCGUCGGUGGCGCUGAAGAAUGCGGUGCGCGUGGGCAGCCUCAAGGACCCCGUCACUCCGGCCACUGCUAUACUGCAGCGAGCAAACAAACACACACUUACGGAGUUGUACAGUAUUCCAGAAUUUAAUACGCCUCAGGAGUUUUUCGCGCACGUAGCGUCUCGUAUGGGCAGGUUCAAGAAGGGAGGAGUGCCCGACCAGGAGGCUGCAGCUAGAAUUCUACUGAACGACUGGAACACUGGCAAGGUGAGGUAUUUCACAUUGCCGCCAGAAACUCCAGAAUCUGAAAUCCACGUGGACGCUAAGAUUGUGUCGACCAUAGCAGCGGAGUUUGACAUCAACUCUUUUGAGGCCAUGGAGACUGAAGCCAUCAACGAACUGGCAGCUCACGACACGGGAGUCGAAGCUAUUAAGAUGACAAGCACUGGGCCCGUGAAAGCGGCUUUAGAAGACGACAUGCAAGUAGACGAAGAAGAGUCCUUACUACCGAAGUCAGUGAGCAUAGGCUCAAAAGUAAACAAAAAGAACAAAUCUAAAGAAGAACAAAAAGAUAAGGAAGACCCAGAAAUGCUAAUCGAAGGCAAUACUAAACAAAAUCUUUUAAGAAAAAAACAAUUUAAAAAGGAUAAAAAGAAGAAAGCAAGGAAUGAUAAGCAAGCUGUCAACUUAGCGAAUGUUCUAGAAAAUGUUACUAUCACCAGUUAUAAGAAGAAAGAUGACUACGAUUUCAAAGAAGACUUUUCUCUAUAA